GCAGCCAUGCAAUACUUCAUGCUUACACAACCUGUGUGUAUCUCUGGGGGUUUAACUAUUUAAAAAAUACUGAACCCUUUUUUUGUCCAGGAUAACAGCGGUGUAAUAGGUCUUCUGGAGCCCAUGAAAACAUGCACUCUUCCAAUCAAAGUCCCCAUGACAGAAGCUGUUGUGAAAAUUGCGUCAGGAAACGACCACCUUGUCCUGGUUACACUGGAGGGGAAUCUGUACUCAUCGGGCACUGCAGAGCAGGGGCAGCUGGGCAGAGUGCCCGAGCGCUUUUCAGACAGAGGAGGCAGGAAAGGCCUCGGCCGGUUGCUGGUACCACAGAUAGUUAAAGUGAAAGGCAAAGUUCACUUUGUCGAUACCUUCUGCGGCGCGUACCUCACCUUUGCUGUGUCAAAAGACGGCUAUGUUUAUGGAUUUGGUCUCUCCAACUAUCAUCAGCUGGGCACUAAAAGCACCAAGAUGUGUUUUGAGCCAGUAAAACUGACCUGCUUCAAAAACUCUACCACUUCCUGGGUGGACUUCUCUGGAGGACAGCAUCACUCGCUCUGCCUCGACGCUGAAGGACAGGUAUACUGCCUGGGCAGAGCAGAGUACGGCCGUCUGGGUCUGGGCGAGGGGGCCGAGGAGAAGAGCGAGCCCACGCCGGUGACGGGGAUGGAGCCGGUCUGCGGGCUGUCCUGCGGGGCGUCGGUCAGCAUCGCCGUCACCAGAGAAGGAUCUGUGUACGCCUGGGGCAUGGGCACCAACCUGCAGCUCGGCACCGGAGGGGAGGAAGACGAGUGGAGCCCUGUGAAGAUGACCGGCAAGCAGCUGGAGAACCGUGCAGUACUGAUGGCGUCCAGCGGAGGGCAGCACACAGUGCUUCUGGUCAAAGACAAGCAGGAGAGCUGAUGUCCAGCGCAGACAGAGAGCUGCUGAUCCGUUUGGAGGUGGGGCUUUUUUCACAAUGACUAAAUCUGGGGAGCGGUUGAUCUAUCUGUGACUUCCUGUGCUGAGCCGAGAGAGUGCGAGAGGUUCGGACCCCUUUACGAGAACACUUAUCUUUCUGGUGUGCGAAAAAUGUUCAUGGAUGUUCUGUAGAUCAUGACAAAUAAGAGACUAUUUUUUUUAAUCUAGUUUUUGAUGUUCCCUUUGAAUUCCUUUCAUAAAAAGUCAUUAGUAUGACUGUAAGAUGGUAUAUGUGAUGUUUGUGAAUGUGACUGUUGCAUGUACGUAAAGGAAAUAAGAGUGCAAGCUUUUAAUGACUUCCCCAAACAAGUCUUUUUAAUAUUUUUUUCUUUAAAGCAAUAAUAUUGCUGACCUUGGUUCAGACAGGACAGUUCUACUCAUUGAGUUCAAUAUGUGAGACUACUGUUCAUUACUGGGCACACAAAACUGGUUGUCACUAUUCGGACAUUUGGUAACACGUCACACUGUAUACUGCAUUUUAUUGCUUUUCCUGCCUGAAAAUAAAGAUACAAUUUUAA